AUGAUAGAGCAGGUACCGAAGUCCGAAGACACUAUAAAAGUGUAUACAAAAUGUGUAAAUUUUGCUGCUGUGAAGCAUCGAAAUCAACGUCGGCUAGAUGCAGACGAAACGCCGUACAUUAAUCACCCGAUCGGUGUUGCUUACAUUCUCACUGAGGCAGGAAUAUUCGAUCCGGAGGUAUUGCAAGCAGCCAUCCUGCAUGAUACGGUCGAGGAUACGGAUGCAACAUUUGAGGAGAUUGAAUCCCUGUUUGGUCACAAUGUAUGCUCCAUUGUCCGAGAAGUAACGGAUGAUAAAUCGUUACCAAAACAGGAGCGGAAACGCUUGCAGAUUGAGCGUGCCUAUGGCAAGAGCCACCAGGCAAAGCUGGUGAAGCUUGCUGAUAAAAUAUACAAUUUACGUGAUCUGCAACGCUGCAAACCCAAGAACUGGACAGACGACAGGUGUCGUGAAUAUUUUUGCUGGGCAAAAAAGGUUUGCGAUAAUCUUAAAGGGACGAACGAAACGCUUGAAUCUAUUUUGGAUGAUAUAUUUCGGCAGGAGAAUGUCAAUUGA